AUGCACACUGUCGUUUCUCUUCCUCAGUCUACCCGGGCUCCCCGCAAGAGUUCGUCCUAUGCAACUCUCCGCCGUGACAAGCAACAAACAAAUACUGAUCCUCCCUCUUCCUAUUACACCUUGCGUCCUACCUACCUUGACUCAUAUCCGACCAGUCAGCGCAGCACCAACUCCAAGUCCACAGUCACAACAUCCAAAUCCUCCAGCACCUCUUUCGAUUUUCAUUCAUUUCCAAGUACUGAAGACUUCGACGGUCCAUCAGCGGUUCCAAAUCCUAUUCCUCGGGAGAGGUCUAGAACUGGUCCUUCAUCCCAAAAUCCCAAUUGGAUUGACCGGUCAAUAAGCCCGCGCAUUUCUGUAACCUCGACUUUGACAGAGGGAACAUCUCCUGACACUCCGGUCGAUAAUGCUUCCUUUAGAGAUUUUGACGUGUUAGUAGCUGCACCAGUAUCAGGCGUAGAAAUGAUGGAUGCACUUGUAGAUGGUAUGAAUGGAGGGGAGGAAAUUGGUCUGUCAAGUCGCAGUCGCUUUGGCAUCCCCAAUCAUCACCCUCUAUAUCAACCUCCGUUGCCAACUCCUCCGCCAGGCGUAGUUCUCGGCGGCGGCAAGUCUAGGCGCCAAAAGAAGCCGCCAAGGCUUGUCCAUCGGUCAAGUUUUUCUGAUCAGGACGAUGACCAGGAUAAUGGUCCUCCUACCGCAACGCCCAAACGCAGACGGCCGUUUUCACCAGGCCGUUCGACUUCUAAUGCCACCAUUACCCUUGCAUCACCUUCGAGCCGUAGUCCUCAGUCGUCUGCCCCUCCUACGCCCAUUGAUACCGAAUCAUCACUUUACUCUGCUCGUCCUCGAACAGCUCCUUCCACUCCAUCAUCAGCAGACAAGCGGAAGAGUCUUGCCCCAUCGAUAUCAGACAUCAUUCGUGCCCAUGCUCCCCAGGAAGCCCAAGCCCGCGCUCGAGCUUCGCCUUUAAGUCGUGCUCCCUCGUAUUCGCGCAGUGUCGGCCAUACAACUGUACGUGAAGAAUCCGAGCCGGAACCCGAGCCCAUAACGGCAGAGGAAGAAGCCGAUUUAUUAUCUCGUUCUUCGAUUGAUAGCAUCGCAGACGAAGUUCGACGAACUCUUCGUCAUCAAGUUAGUAUGAAACACGUAGCUCAUCCGCCACCUCCGCCCCAUCGGCAUUCUUUUAUCUCUGACUCUGCAAGCAUCAUUUCCCCUCGGUCGGACGGUUGUGGAACAGCGUCCUUGUACUCUUCAUCUAUAGCUUCUUCUCAACCUCCACUGUCACCCUUCGAUACUGGUUUCAUGUCGAAGCCCACGACACCCUCUCAAGCGGUCGCUCAGUAUCUGCGUUCAACGCGGCUCACGACACUGCUGAAGUUGACUCGAUCCCCUCAUGCCUCUCAUGACAAUCCACUUACCGUCAGUCUAUCCGACCUGGGCUCCCAAAAUGGUUUUCCGGUAUUAGUAUUCUUGGGGCUGGGUUGUGUGCGACAUGUAAUGGGGUUGUAUGAUGAGAUGGCGCAGUGCUUGGGAUUGAGGCUCAUUACCAUUGACAGGUGGGGACUUGGCCGAACAGAACCACGAGCGAAGUCUGCUAAAGGAAUCAUUCAAUGGGCUUCGGUUGUAGAGGAAGUUUUGGACCGGUUACACAUUGACGAAUGUAGUGUCAUGGCUCAUUCCGCCGGCGCACCUUAUGCGCUUUCCUUUGCCAAUAAGCUCCCACACCGUAUACGAGGAGAAAUAUGCCUGCUGGCCCCGUGGGUCGGCGAAAGUGCUGGAUACAAGUGGCUGAAAUAUGUUCCUAAUGGAAUACUCAAGACUGCCCAGGCUGCGGAAUGGAAACUGCAAACAUGGAUGAUUGGGAAGCCUCCGACGUUGGCAUGGGAAGGAAUCGGUUACACCCAGCAAGCAGGAAAGUCAUCGUCGACAUCGUCGCCUGGAUCUUCGUCUGUUUAUUCUGAGUCUUAUCCACGACCGAGUCUGGCCUCGAGUUCGUUCAGCGCGUACGACGAUCUCCGAGAUUUCGACGGUCGAUUCGAGAGUAUGAGCACUUUGGGAACCGCACACCCCAAUAUCACUCAGUGUGGUAACAAUCGGAACGAGAGCAAGAUGCAGGUCACACGAAAAUCUUCCCGAGGUAUUCUUGGCCGAUUGAAAUCGACGACACCUCAAUCACCCAACGUCAAUGAUCAAUCGCCACCGUCAACUGGAAAGCGAUUGAAGGCGUUGCGUUCGAUGGGAUCCCUCAAGUCUAAAGCAUCUCACUCUUCUUCGAAGAAACAACAAUCCUUGCCCAGCCCUCAGUUACCCCUAUCGCUCAAAGUUGAUGUAAGUUUGGGACUUGAUGACACGACUUGGCCAAAAUCCUUCAACUCCGACUCUUCUUCAAUGUCAACACCCGAAAAAUUCCCUAGAUCCGGUGGCCGGCGAUCGUUGUCAUUCUCAUCCUCAUCCAGACCUUUUAACACUCAAUCACUUCCUCCUUCGCCUAAUCCCCCAUCGUCUCACGACCUCCCUUCUUCCUCUUCGGCCUCUGAAUUACCCUCGUCACCUAACAACGCAUUUCAAGCCGCGGUAGGCAACGCAUUGAUUGCUGCAUCACAUUCGGAAUCAGCGAAAGGAACACAUAAUGAUUUGUUGCAGAUCUUGAAUCAUGACCACCAUCCGUGGGGAUUCUCAUAUGAGGCCUACCCGCAUAAGGUGCAGGUGUGGUAUGGGGAUCGAGAUGAGAAGAUUGCGGAGAAUGCGGUGAGGUGGAUGGAGAAGACUAUGGGUGAGGGGAUGUGCUCGGUGAGGGUGGUGAAAGGCGCAGAUCAUGGGCUAAUGUAUAAAAGCGGUGUGGUAGUGGAUGUGUUGGAAUACUUGCUUAGCUUUUGGCAUUGA